AUGAAGGUCAAGAUCAAGAACUGGAACGCGGUCGCAACCUGGCGCUGGGAUCUUCCGGAAGACGACGUCUGCGGUAUCUGCCAAGUCCAGUUCGACGGAACGUGCCCGACUUGCAAAUACCCUGGGGACGACUGCAGCCUAUUAUCGGGGAAAUGCGGUCACAACUUUCACAUGCAUUGUAUCAUGGAGUGGAUCAAGCAGGACUCGUCCAAGGGGCAGUGUCCAAUGUGUAGACAGAAAUUCGAAUGGGGUCCCGAGGUUGGCGUGCCUCAGCAACAGGAGGGGCAGCAGGAGGUGGCUGCGGGGGAAUGA